AUGAAACUACUGAAAGAUGAUGUGCUUUUUCAGAACAGUUUUGGAAAAGAGCAUUACCACAGAUUCCUGCGUGACCUCUGCAUGAGACGCAAUAAGAUCAUUAAAGGAGACAAAUCUGACACUUCAUUUUCUCCCCUCAUUGAACACAUUUUGGAGAAGGAAAAUCCGGAAAAGGCUUUCGAGAUCCUGAAAGCGGCCUACACGCGGUUUAAUGAAGAUCCCUUCUUUGCUCAGCAGCUUGCACGGUUGUGUUACACAUAUGAGAAGUUUCCAGAAGCUAAGGUCUGGGCAGAUACAGCCGAGAAAAAGAUGCCACACAACUCCUAUAUCUUGGAUACAAAGGGCCAAGUAUUUAAAAGAUGGUUCAAUGACAAAUAUAAAAAUCUUGAAGGUAACAUCAGUCCUGAAAGCACUGUGGACACAAUUGCAACAGCGCUAGAAGCAAUUGAAUGCUUCAGAACUUGCGAGGGAGCAGCCAAUUUGGAACAGGACUCUAUGAAUAAUUCAGGCUACUUCUCAGAAGUUCAAGUAGAGCGUGAUCUUUUGGAUCUAGUCUUGAAAGUGUUUCCACGUGGAGAAAAGGGCCGCUCUGAGUGCAUGCAGUACUUAGUGACAGGUCACAUUCCAGAAAGGGUGAAAAAGCCGUGGGAGUGUUUUCACAGUAAACUGAAAUUCAUUCACAAGAAUAUGCAUGAUGCCCUCACAAGGAUUUCAGAAGAUCUGAGCUAUUUCCAGAUGGACGUCAGUUUGGAUGAUGAUGAACAAUACAGCACUGAACUGAAAAUAAGGAAUCCAGUAAAAUGGCUUGCAAGACAAACUGCCUGGUAUGGGAAUUUUUUCAAAGAUGUAGAGUUGCCCUCCAAAGAACAAAAUCAAUUAUCAACACGCAUGAAACUUUGCUCUCUUGGAGGUGAUAAUAUUACCAGCAUCUUUUCUCUUUUGUCUGAAAAGAAACAGGACCAACUAGAAUCCAUCGUUACUGUAUACGGUGGGCUGAAGAAACUUGAUCAAAUGGAACUGGCCAACUACAUAGCAUCUCAGAUAGCCUUAGGGUGUGUUUCAAGUGCAUCCACUUCUAAACUCAAGGAGCUUCAAGCAUGCAGCCAUCAGUUCCCUCGGGACAGAGACAGAUGUCACCCCAAUGCCCUGUUCUUACUCACAUUGCUUUUCUGGCCAGAGGAUGGCGACACCAAUCAGGAGAGAGAUAACAAAUAUGAAAUCCUUAUGUCUGCUUUGGAUGUUUUGAAACGAAGCUUCAAAAUUAAACAGAAAAAUGUGCCUCACAAAGAGCUGAGAGUUUUCACGCAUUUCUACCUUGGCAAAGGAAGUGGCCUGAGUAAGAUUGUCCACAAAAGUAUGAUACAGGCCUUCAAAACAUUCACAGUGUCACAAAAAAGAAUUAAGUGGUUUGAUGGAUAUAUCUGGAAAACGCCAGAGAUUGUGCACAUGCUGAAACGUGUUCAAGGCUGGACGGAACAUGGAAAUGUCUAUAUCAAAGGCUGUAAAGGGAAGGAGAUCAAGAUACGUGCCCUGAACUCUGAUUCAGUACCUGAUGGUAACGAGAAUGUUGAAUUUUAUGUGGGAUUUACAUUUCAAGGACCUGUUGCUUGUGGCAUCACUGUCUGUGAUGCCGGUGAGACAUAGGGACCAGGUUAGAGCCAAUUGUGUAGUGCAAUUGUAUUAAUGCCGUGUUUCAUCAGUGAAAUGUACAAGCCACAAGCCAAUUAAAUUUGUAAUAAUUACGUAAUGUCCGUAUGACACUUCACUGAAUAGCUGUAAAUAUAUAAAUAUUGUUUUGCACAUACACACACACAGGUUUGUAAUUAUAUAUUUGUAGGGACUCCACAUUCAUUUCUAUGGGGAAAACUCUAAUCCUAGC